UUCGACUAGAAUCGUAUUUUAUAUUCAUAUCAUCGGAGAAUAUUCAAUAUACUUACGUACAAACACGCAAUUAAUAAUAUGCAAUUUUAAUAUGAAAGCUGUUCGGGCUUCAGGCUAUAAAAGCGCAACUUUGUUUGAGGAAAGGCAUCAGUUGCAAAGUGUCUCAGCAGAAAAACACAUUAGCGAAGCAAAGUAAAUAUAUAUAGAGACUGAGUGACAAAAUGGGUUUGAGUGGUAAAAACGUAAUUUUCGUCGGCGGUUUGGGCUUCAUUGGCUACGAAGCCUGCAAACAGCUGAUGGCGAAGAAUAUGGCGUCCUUCUUUGUCUUCGACGUUCUGGACAAACCGGAAAACAUCAAGGCUUUGCAAGCCCUCAACCCAAAGACCAAAGUGUACUACACCAAAUUCGACAUCACCUCUAAGCAAUCAAUCAAGAGCGCGCUCGCCGAUGUUGUCGCCAAGGUCAAGUACAUUGAUGCUUUGAUUAAUGGCGCUGGCAUCCUCACCGAUCCCAAUGUGGAGUUGACAAUGAACAUCAAUUUGAUUGGGCUCAUCAACACAACACUCGAAGCGCUGCCACUUAUGGACAAGAAUAAGCAAGGUCGUGGUGGUGUAAUUGUUAACAUUGCCUCCGUGUUGGGUUUGGAGCCAUGCCCACCAGCAGCUGUGUACUGCGCAUCGAAAUUCGGUGUCAUGGGUUUCUCGCGUUCCAUUGGUGAUCCCUAUUAUUACAACAUCACUGGUGUUGCUGUGGUUACCUUCUGUCCUGGCUUGACUGAGACGCCUUUGAAGAACAACAUUGGCAGUAAAUACACUUUUGAGUACUCGAAGAAGAUCAGCGAGGAGCUGAACAGUACCAAAACCCAGAAACCCGAAGUUUGUGGCGCCCAUUUGGCUCAAGUGGUUGAGUCCCAUGAGAAUGGUGGCAUUUACAUCAGCAACCAGGGCACUUUGGCUAAGGUGACACCCACCGUCUAUUGGCAGCCCACCUACCACUAGAAGUGCAUGUGUCUGGGACACUCUGCAACAUUGUAAAUAUAUACAACGUGUUAUGCAUAUAUUGUACAAAUUGUAGCUAUUUUAAUUAGCUUGUAAGUUUUAAGUCUGAGUUAAAUAAAUAUUGAUUAGUUGUGCACGUAAACGUGA